AUGGACAAUGUAAGAAGUGUAAAAGAUGGUGGAUCACAUAGGAAGAGUGGUCGAAGUCCUACUAAAAGAUUUGAUUUUCCUUUUCAAGUAAGAUCAAGUGCAGAAUUGAGAAAUAAAGUGCUACAACAUGUUAAGAAAGAAAAAAUUGACAAGUUACAUGAGAUGCUACAAGGAAACAAUAGAGAAAGGGUUCAGGAAAUUAUAGAAGUUGUGGACGAAACACCAAAAAAAGGAAAUCAACAAGAAAGAGUUCAAAAGGUUGAUCACAAUUUGGACAAAGAGACUAUUGCAAAGAAAAUGGAGAUAGACAAACUCUCGCAACCAAAAGUAAUGAAAGAUCAUGCACAUGGUGACAAAGAAGUUGUACAAGAAACACCAAAGAAAAGAACUCAAGUGAAAGCUACAGUGAAUAGAGAAAGAAUUCAAAAGGUUGAUGGAAAAUUGGACAACCACAUUGCUAUGAAGAAAGCAGAGAGACCUAAGCUUUUGCAACCACAAGCUAAGGAAGUUUUUGCACAUGGAAAAAUAGAAGUUUCACAAGGAAUGCUGAAAAAAAGAAUUCAUGAGAAUCUACUAGAGAACAAUAGAGAUAAAAUUCAAAAGUUGGAAAAACCAGUUGCAAGGAGAAUACUUAUUUCUUCCAAAAAUAAGAAACCAGAGAAAUCUACUCUAUCUUUGAACACAAUGAUGUCAAAAGCUGAAUGCUCUAAAAAGCUAAACAGGGUGCCCGAAUGCCCAUCAAUGUUUAUUGAUGAUUAUGUAGAUCUUCACAAGUCAAAGGAAAUGGAUGCAACCAAGUCAAACAAUGGAGAAAAACCGGGCAGCAGCGUUAACCGUAGCUCUAAUCAAAAUCAGCCAAAAAAAGGAACUCGACACGAAAGUGUUCAAAAUCGGGCAAAAGUCAACGAAGAAGAUGCAAUCACAAAUAGAGAAGAAGAAAAAGAAACAUUCCAAAGAAAAACUCGUGGGAAAACUUUGUGCAAAAAGAUUCAUGCAAGAACUUUGGAAGAGCGAGUAGAAGUGACCUUUAAUGAGGAUUUUCAGCCAAUUGGUCCUAGUGAAAAAGUAGUAUCUGACUUGAGCCUCUUCUUGGGAACAUUGGCUAGGAACUCAACAUUUUGUCCUCUACGUUACACCAAUUGGUCAGGAAUGCCAGAUGAUAAUAAAAACCGUUUCUGGAGAUAUACUAAUCGGAAGUUUAUCUUGCCGGUUGAAGCACGAGAUUGGAUUGAGACCAAUGUUAGAGAGACAUGGAGAAGAUAUAAGCACAAAAUUAAGAAGAAUCAUUUUUUGAAGUAUUCCAACAUGACCGAGAGACUCAAAAAUUGUCCGCCAAACGUGCCAAUAGCCCAAUUUAAGAGUCUCUGUGCUUAUUGGAGUAAGGAAACUAUACAAGCAAUCAGUGAAAAUAACACUAGAAAUAGAGCUCAACUAAAGUGGAUGCAUCAAAUGGGUCCCAAAAACUUUGCUUUGACUCGUGAAAAAGUGCGUGAAAAGGAAAAAAGAGAGCCCACUCAAUCAGAAAUGUUUGUUGAAACUCGAAAAGGAAAUAAAGGAAAGGAACUGGAUGUAGAAACUGGAAAAAUAAUUGUAAGUAACAUUGUUUAUAUAAUACGUUUGCUUAAUAUAAUCGGCCAACAUUGUCUAUAA